AUGGGGCUCCCUCCUCCUUUGACCUCUCCGACGGAGACCUCCCAGCAGCUGCCUCCUAACAUGAAGCCGAGGCAGCGCUCGGGACCUCGGGGGCCGCGGAUGGCAGAGAUCGCAUCGGCGGCUGCCCAGGUCGGUCGGGGUCCUCGUCUCCCGGCGGCAGGCCGACGGCCGCUGGGCCGUCUCGCUCCGCGGGGGCGGGCGCGCGGUGGACGUGCUGCCCGGCCACCUGGAGGUCGCGCCCGCGGCGGCGCGCCCGGGCCCCGCGGCCGCCACCAGCGCGAACCUUCGGGCCGUCACGACAGGGAGGUGCUCAGGCGCGGCGGAAGAGGCAGGCGGAGGGGCCAGGCCAAGGCACCGGCCUCGAAGCCCAGGCCGGGGAAGCCGCCGCAGAAGCCGAGGGAGCCUCUGACCGCGUACGCGUCUUUCUGCGCCAGGUAUCGCGAGGACAUCAUGCGGGUUCUGCGGCUCAAGUAUGGCAGCGUGGACUCCGGGCUGCUUUCGGCGAAGCUGCGGGAGCGCUGGGCGAACCUCGACAGAAAAGAGAAGACGAAACAUCAGAGGCUGGCGGCAAAGCGAAAGCAGGCGUGGAUCGAGAAUGUGCAGGCGUUCCCGGAGGCUGCCGACCCCGUUGGCCUCCUGCGGAGCACAUGCGGCGAUCGGAUCCCCAAGCGGCCGCCGUCGGCAUACCAGCUCUUCCGUGCAGACGAGCGACAGCGGACGAAGGCCAUCGAGAGGAUCCGAACAGCCAAGGAGAAGGGCUCGGAGGGCGUCGGGGACGUCCGCGCCGUGCUGAUGGAGAUGUGGACGGCGCUGCGCCCCGAGGAGAGGCACCCCUACGAGUCGCAGCACGUGCGAGACAUGGCCGAGUUCGAGAAGAAACGCGACGCCUGGCGGAAGACAGAGGAGUUCACCCGUCUCCAAAGGGCGGAGCAGGAGGAGAACAAGAAGAGGGUGUCCGCUAAGCGAGCCUUUGAGGAGGCCGAGGAGGAAGAGAUCCGUUCCAUCUUGGCCAGCGGCGUGGUGCAGGGCAAGGGUCUUGCUCCGCAGAGACGUGCAGUCAUCACUGGUCUUGUAAACCGGCAGGAGCUCAACGGACACCAUGUCGAUUUGCAGGUGCUGUCGGAGGCAACGGGGCUCUGGACGGUGAUCUCGGAGGAGGUGAACGCUGGCACCCCGAUGAGCAUCCUGCCCGAUAACCUCGUCUGGCUUCGCCUGCAACGUGAAGUCGAGAAGCGCGAGGGGCCGCCGAAGAGGGGGGCGGCAAAGAGGCGGGACGCGGAGGAGGGGUGGUCGGCCCAGAGGCGGGCAAGGAGGCGGCUGCGGGCGAAAGCGGCCGCCGAGUUCUGGUCGGCCGGGCGUCGGGUGCGAGGCGGGGGCGGUGGCGCAGGCGCCGCGGCCGCGGCCGAGGGCGGCGGAUAGGGCGGCGGAGGCGGCCCGGGCGGCAGGGGCGGCCGAGGAGCUGGAGCUGCAGCAACUCCUUUUCGACCUGGGCUCAGAGGAGGUAAAGGUACCAAUGCCGCUACUCGAAGAAGAACCGGCAUAAACAUACACUUGUGGCGCGCUCCGCGCGGAUUUCCUGGACCCGCGCUGGGCCCCCCCAGCGGCGCCUCCGGCGCCGCCCCUGGCGCGCUCCGCGCGCCAGGGAGGGGGGGUCCAGCGCAGAUCCAAGGAAUCCGCGCAGAGCGCCAAACAUUUGUGUUCAUGCCGUUUUUUCAUGUAGGAAAUAUGCCAAUACCGCUAUCCUUUCCAGUGCUUCCCUUUGGGGGCAUCCUGGGAGGCCCUCGUCGCUACUGCUGGAUUCGCUUCGAAAUUGUGGUCAGAGCGCACCCCAGGAGGUACCGGUGUCUCCAGCUACCAUGCGGAGGUCGAGCUCUUGGGCUAGGCCUCGCGCGGUGAUCGCGCCUGCCGCGGUUGUGGCCAUCUCUCCUUCCCAGCUCGGCGUCCUGCAUUUUGCGGCCUUUGUGUAGGUUGCAUGGGCGAAGAAUUUGGGGUAUACUGUGGCCCCUGUUUUGAAUCCGACUCCACCUGCCGUGCCGCGGCGUGCCCGGGUGCGGCGAUGCAGUGCAUGUGCUGUAAUUAGAAGGGUGUGCCUGCUGCGGCCAGAAGCCUUCUCAGCCAGCACUGGGGAAGCUGGGGGACAAAUGAUGGGCCUGCAAGACGCUCCGCUGACCCGUGCC